AUGGAAGCAUAUGGCUCUACCACGUCUCCGGCGGAUAUAGUCCAGCGGCCGACUGAAACAAGACCUACGGGCAAGCCACUCUUUGGGCCUGCCAUUGACGGCCUUCUCUGGAAGAAAGGUCGGGCUGAAGAUCGCCCACGCACACCAGUCCUAAGUAUUCUCGAGUUCAAAUUCAAACCUGGAGUAGAUCUUAGUGAUAUCCAUGGGGUUCCUAGGAAACUUUGGGACAACUCGCUCCAAUAUAUCUGGUCUAUUCCUGGUUGUGCCUCUAUAGAAUGGGGUCUAACGUUAGACGAUUCCACCAACGUCCUGUGCAUGAUACAGUGGGAAACUGCUGCUUCAUGGCAGAUGUUCCAGGACUCUCUCGGAUUCAGCCUUAUUAUUGGGCUACUGGGGGCGAAUGUCGACAAUCGAUGUUCAAAGCUUGCGCAUUUGGCGGCGCCGACCUCGACCUGUAGCAACCAACCGACAAUACUAGAGAUGAUAUCAAUUACGUUUGAUUCAGACAUGUUUCCCGAACACAAGACGUCAUUUGAGCAAGAAUGGACCAAAGGCAUCGCCCUUUUUUCCAACGAGAUACGGCUUCAUGAUCGUGCCUACUGGCUUGAGCACAAUGCGUCCAUGUUUGCGGAACCAACAGCGGAUGAUAUUGCCGCCUCGAGAUGCUCGACUACGUUUGUUGGAUUUCUCGAGUGUAACAGGACUGGAUAUAAUAGUCAUGCUACUAUAAAUUUAUGCAAAGACGCAGAAGGCAAAGCCUCUACGAAUAUCCAGCGGAGCCUUUCCAGAAAGGCUAUAAAACUUAUCAAAGAGACCCGGAAACAGGAUGCUGGUCUAUUGCCUCUGCCAAGCGCCCCGUUCAAUAGCUUGGCUACGAUACUUGAGACUAAUUUUCGUCGGCAAUUCAGUCACGACCCCAACCUAAGGCUUCGUGGACUCCAAGCCGUCCUAGCUAGUAUAAAAGAAGUGGGAGAGGGGACGAGGCGAUUUCCCUUACCAAAGGGAUCCUUGAACUACCAAGGCGAGCUUCACCUUGACAAUAUGCCCACCAUAGGACAAUUUAGCCACUUUCUCAACUCAUCUCGGCCGCCAUUUAUUAUGGAUAUAGUUUGGUUAAAGUUGAAAUCUGCCAUGCCUCGAAAGACACAUGAUAUCAUUCGAGAAUUAAAUGACCGAAUAAGCCGGUUGAGUGGCCAUGAAAAGACCUUUUGGGCUCGCGAUGUCGAGCACACGACCAAAGUUGUCAUAUUUACUGCAUGGAGAGAUCAACCCGCGCGCGCGGCCUCCAUUGAACAAUAUUAUCAGAUAUUGGAUGUCUUUGCCGCGCUAGGUCCGCGUCUGGCUGCACCUCUGAAACAUGAGACGAUACCCUGGUCAAGACCUAACAUAGGGGGUCUACAAUUCCCACGCGCAGGAUACAUAGAGUUGAUCACUUUCUCUGUUCCGCGUGGCCUGCAUAAUCGUCUACUUUUCGAGCAGGCCUUUGCCGCCUUUAAAAGCGUCACGGAACCCUCACAUGCAGCUGGAAUUCCAACCGCGUGCAGCGUCUAUACUGCAGGGGGCUGGCAACUGGAUGACGCGUUCGAUCUUGAGGCGGAGGACAUGGACCGAUUCACAGGAGUGCUGACUUGGACCCUCUAG